AUGGCAACUCCAACCCCCGGAAAAUACCCCGGUUUAGCAGCUACACCUCCUGUCUCGACCCCGUUUUCGACCUCCCACUUAGCUUUCUCUCCUCAUGGGCCGCGCUCUGUCGGACCGUCUCCUUCACAAGUCAAGAAAUCUAGUCCAGCAGGAACUUCAAUGUCGAAUCAAGGAUAUAACAUGGGGAUGGUGGGAUUUGAUAGUCCCUCUGCGGCGUUAGCCUUAGGGAUGGGCGCGGAUACGGUGGGGGAUUUGGGAAUUGAUUUACAUGGGAUUGGUGGAUUGGGCGGAGGACCGGCGAAGGACGAGGAGGAAAAGAGGAGGAGGUUAAUGGGUUGUGUGGAGAUUUUGAAGCCAAAUAAAGGGCGACUCAGCGAAGCCGGGCUCGAAAGAUUAGCUCGUAGAGUUGGAUUGGAAUGUUUAUGGGAGGAUAUGAUGGGAAGCGCAAGUAAUGGACGCACACUUAUUAUAGCAGGGAAUGCUCUCGCGCUCGAUAUCGAUUUUGCGAAUAAUAUCGUACAGAAAGUUUCACUGGCAUUUCCCGAUGCGCCGGAAUCGGUAACGAAACAUGAGAAGACGGCUUCGGAUAUAUUGUUGAAGGAUUUACAGUUUGAGGCUGGAGAGAGUCCUUUGACGAAGAUGUUGGAUCGAUUUGCAGCGAAUUUGGAGAGCUUGACUAUGUUGGACAAGUUGAGUAUUAUACCUGGACUCAACUGUCAUGAGGCAAUUGCGGGGAUCUUUUGCAGUUUGCAUAAGUUACGUAACUGGGAGGUGGGUAGAUUGAGGGAGAAUGAUAUGCUAGGGAUGGAGGAUGAGGACAUUGAGAGGGCGGCGAUGUGUAUUGGGAGUGGAACACCGGUUAUGCAUUCAAGGCAAAAAUUAGGAUUAAGUCUUGAUUACUGGCAGGAAAAACGACGGAUUCCAACGAAAGGGAAGGAACACAAUAGGAAGACAUGGUCGUUAUUGGUGGGAGUUGCGCCGUUACCUUCGUUGGCCGUUGGGGUAUACACUCCUUUGCGCGUAUCCGACAAAUGGAUAUCAGAUGAUAUACAAAGAGCGGAUCUAGCGGUCAUUGAUCUGUUCCAAGCAGCACAAUUACGAGAAGGGCCAAUUUUAGAUUGGUUGGAGCCGGACAAUACGUUUCUGCCGACAACUUCUGAUAAUAAGACGGAUGGACUAGAUGUCGGGACGCCGAAAUUUCCAGAAGCAAUGUUUGUUGCAAAAUUCGAUCCGCCCAUUAUAGUACCAUAUGCUAUUGCGAUGCAGAUAUACCAAUCUACUCAAGCUCCCUUUGAUUUUACAGAAAUCACAACGUUUGAUGCAUUGAUGUUUCCGUUGAGUGCGGAGGAAGCGUUGAGGUCUAGCGAUACACAAUCUAGAACCAUCACAACGAAGAGAAAUAAUCCGGUUUGGGAUCGAGAGGGGAGGAAGACAGUGAAGGAACAUAGCAAUACGCUGUUUAUUGAAAGAAUUGAUUAUGGCAGGAGGGUGGAGGAGGUAUCUUUUAGUCAUCCGAGGCAAUUGGUUGAGAUGUUGCCGUGUUUAAGACAGUUUGCAUUUUUGAGUACGGUCUUGAGAAAAACUUUUGGGGCGGAGGAACUUUCAAAUUCAAAAGCGGAAGGGAAAGAAUCAUCUAAAGCCGAUAUUGUUGGAAAGGCUCCUGAACCGGCAACCAUCAAUCCUCCGACUAAGAAACAGGAGUUUGAGGAUUUUAUGAAGAGUUUGAUCUCUACGCCUAUGAUAACUUCUACUUCUACUUCCAUAGGAAUAGGAAUAGGAAAGGAAAAGAAAAAGGAAAAGGAAAACACAUCAAAACAUCUAGAUGUUUCAAUGACAUUAACGCCAAUACCUAGGUUACAGGUGGUUUUUGACUACAACAAGAGGAGCGCGAAUGUGAUAUUUGAAAUUCAGGGGAAUGGAGGGGUGGUGGUUGUGGAGGAGAAUGUUUUGGGUUGGGAGGAGGGAGGUGGAGGUGGAGGUGGAGGUGAAGGGGUGGGAGGGGAUGAGGAUGAAGAUGAAGAUGUGGAUAUGGUGAUGGUUAUGGGAGGGGAUGAGGGGGUGGGAGGGAUGGGGAAGGAGAAGGAGAAGGAGAAGGGGAAGGGGAGAGCGUUGACGAGAGAGGAUUUGGGCAGGAUGUUGGAGAUUUGUGAGGAUUUGGGGGUUUGGGUUGAGUGGGUUGGGGGGAGAUUGUAG